CCGGAGCUAGAAACCCGGACACGUAUGGCUGUAUCAAGACCAUUUACACUUCUACAGUGUGAUUUUGCGAAUACCCUCCAGACUUCAGCACAACUUAAUUCACCAAUGCUUCUGUCCUUAUAAGCUUUGACCUCCUCACUUCUCCGCACCAUCACAUCCAUCAACGUGUCUUGAAACCUUCGACGUACAUUCAGUCGCAUUCGCAUGCCUCAGCGAUAGGAAUCCAGCUAGAGCGACAGCUUCGGCCUGCCGAUCUCGGUAUUGCGCAGUGUAGUGCACUGAAGUGGUUGAGGAUUAGUAGAGGACAAAUAGUGGCUAGUCAAUAUGGUAUGGCCUCGAAUAUCUCGGUCGGCGAGUCCAGGCGGGACAAUCCCAAUGACGAACCUACCAACGAUAAACGACGUCCACUCAGAACCACCAUCGCGACCAAGAUCACGGAGCCCUUCAAGGUCAAGGAACGGACAUAUGCGAACCACUUCGUCCUUUGCAAAGGUUGGCUUUGACUCACUCAGUGAUGCAUGGGCGUUGCUAAUAUAAAUAAAGUCAAUUGCAGAUGAAUAUUCCACUCUUACUCCUGCCCAAACGGCACAAAGGCUGCAAACCUCUCUAACACAUGGGCUUACACCUGGCGAGGCUCUCUCACGAUUACACGACCAGGGGCCGAACGAGCUUCCCCACGAUGAGCCCGAACCGUUAUGGUUGCGAUUCUUGAAGCAGUUUAAGGAACCGUUGAUCUUGCUAUUACUAUGUUCAGCAGUCGCAUCUGUCGUAGUUGGGAACAAAGACGAUGCAAUCAGUAUUGCCGUUGCAGUAACUAUUGUCGUUGCCGUGGGUUUCAUACAAGAAUACAGGUCGGAAAAAUCGAUAGAAGCUUUGAGCCAUCUAGUGCCAAACCAUGCGCAUUUGAUCAGAGGACAGAGAAGGAAUUCAUCCAUAAGAACUCCAACAUGGCCGCCGACUGAAGACGAAUCUGCGGAGACGGAAGGGUUAAUGGCUGGUUCAACUGAAGAUGUGGAAGCAAAGUUAGAAAGUGCUUCAAGCAAAGUUAUGGCGGCUCAACUGGUACCGGGAGAUCUGGUUCUAUUUACAACCGGGGAUCGUAUUCCAGCCGAUAUUCGUGUGACAAAAGCUAUAGAUCUCACAAUUGACGAAUCCAACCUCACAGGAGAGAAUGAACCUGUUAGAAUUACUGCCGAUGUCAGAGGACGCCCAAGUUAUCCUAGGGCCAAUGGAAACAGUUUGGAACCGCCUGAAUAUGCUUCUCCUGGGACGGGCGCUGUGGGUGUCGAUACUCGAUUGAACAGUACCACAAAUAUUGCCUUUAUGGGUACUUUGGUUAGAUCUGGACACGGUCAAGGAAUUGUUUACGCAACGGGUGGAAAUACACACUUUGGUACAAUUGCUGCUAGUGUUACGGAUACGGAAAGUCCUCGGACGCCUUUACAACUUUCUAUGGAUGCUCUUGGUUCGCAACUUAGUCAGGCUUCUUUUGUUAUUAUCGGAAUCAUUUCACUUGUGGGAUGGCUUCAAGGGAAAGGACUGCUAGAAAUCUUCACCAUUUCCAUUUCUCUUGCUGUGGCGGCAAUUCCCGAAGGUCUUCCCAUUAUUGUCACUGUAACAUUGGCGCUAGGAGUUCAUAGAAUGGCACGGCAUCAUGCGAUUGUUCGAAAGAUGCCAAGUGUGGAAACUCUAGGUUCGGUAAAUGUGGUUUGCAGUGAUAAAACAGGUAUGAACUAAACCUGAAUGGAAUGAUAGAGAUAUUGACAGAGAUUAUAGGAACGUUGACAAUGAACCAUAUGGCCACUACAAAAAUGUGGCAUGUGGAUGCCGAUGCGCCUAUUGCGAUUGAUUCUGGGGACGAAGAAGUGCAACCUGAUACUGUUACCCUACGAAUUCUACGAAUUGGCAACAUCGCCAACAAUGCUCGUUUAAGUCGUAUAAAUACACAUGCUCAAUCUGCCUCUUCUGUAGCCAUUCUAUCAUCCACCCAAGGCAGUAGGUCUACUAGUGGUCUAGGAAGCAGAUGGGUUGGGCAACCAACCGAUGUUGCAAUGCUAGAUAUGCUUGAUCGUUUCAACGAGCAUGAUGCACGAGAAGGCCUAGGUCAUCGACUUGGCGAAACACCAUUCAGCUCUGAAAGAAAGUGGAUGGGUGUCACUGUUGGUGAUGGUGAGGCAAGUUCCCACUCUCGAGAAGUCGCCUACAUUAAAGGUGCCGUCGACCGGGUUUUGGCAAGAUGCGAUACUUAUCUGACCAAAGAUGGCCGGGAGGUUAUAUUAGAUGACGCCGUAAAGAAGUCUGUAUUGGAUGCAGCUGAAAAGAUGGCGGAGGAAGGCUUGAGAGUGCUCGGAUUUGCGAGCGGCCCUGUCGCAAAGCAUUCAAAGUCUCUCAAACAACCAAUGAGUCGAAGUCCUACAACAACUUCUCCAGAGCCGCAUAUUUCUCACAAUGAAGACGUCUAUGAGGGACUUACAUUUGCUGGCCUGGUUGGAAUGAGUGACCCUCCUCGUCCCGGAGUACAAAAGUCGAUUAGGCGUCUCAUGAGAGGUGGUGUCAAGGUUAUCAUGAUUACUGGUGAUGCCGAAACCACAGCUGUUGCUAUCGGCAAAAAGUUGGGCAUGGCUAUAGCAACACCGCGCGAUCAUACUACAAGGUCUGUGGCCGUGAAGCCAGUUCUGCGAGGUGAGGAAAUAGAACAGAUGACAGACCAGGAAUUGGAAGUCGCCAUUGCCAAUACAUCCAUCUUUGCAAGAACAAGCCCAGACCACAAGAUGAAAAUCAUCAGAGCGCUACAGGCUCGUGGGGAUAUCGUUGCAAUGACUGGUGACGGAGUCAAUGAUGCUCCAGCUUUGAAAAAGGCCGAUAUUGGUAUCUCCAUGGGUUUGCAAGGGACAGACGUGGCCAAAGAAGCCGCUGAUAUGAUUCUGACCGAUGAUGAUUUCUCAACAAUUCUCAAAGCUAUCGAAGAAGGCAAAGGAAUCUUCAACAAUAUCCAAAAUUUCCUCACUUUCCAACUCAGUACAAGCGCUGCAGCGCUGAGUUUGGUUUUUCUCUGCACGUGCUUGGGAUUCAAAAAUCCUUUAAACGCGAUGCAGAUUCUCUGGAUUAGUGAGUUGUUUGAUAAGAGGGGCUUUGGGAUAAAAGACUGACAUACUUAGAUAUUAUCAUGGAUGGUCCACCGGCUCAAUCUUUAGGCGUUGAGCCAGUCGAUCCCGAUGUCAUGAAACGACCACCACGAAAGCGAAAUGCUCCUGUCCUUACUUGGCCUCUCAUCACCCGAGUUUUAACUUCGGCCACGAUCAUUAUGCUUGGGACCAUGGCCGUUUACACCCACGAAAUGCUCACGGAUGGUGAAGUAACCAAACGUGAUACCACCAUGACAUUCACCUGUUUUGUUCUAUUUGACAUGUUCAAUGCUUUGAAUUGUCGUUCGGAAUCCAAAUCUGUAUUAAGAGGGGAGGUUGGUCUACUUAGCAAUACCCUGUUCAAUUGGGCGGUUUCUUUGAGUUUGGGAGGACAAAUAUUGGUUAUUUACUUUCCCUGGUUACAAGAGGUGUUCCAGACGGAGGCGCUUGGGUUGUUUGAUUUGGUGGGCUUGGUCAUGCUUACGAGCAGUGUGUUUUGGGCGGAUGAGGCGAGGAAAUACUGGAAGUAUAGGGGGAAGAGGAGACUUGGGAGUGGAUAUAGUCAGGUUGUUUAAAAGCCCGGUCUUCAUGCUGGGCAAUGGAGUUGACCCAUACAGGACACUGUAUAUAUAUAAUAGAAUAAAUGCUCUGUACAGCUUUUAG